AUUGAAAACAAUAGAACCUUUUAAGAUUUUAAAUGCCUGGGAAAUUUUCCCGUGCGGCCGCACUGCGACCUGGCCCUGCCUGUCCUGCGCCCCCUCUGCGCCUACCCGCCUGCCGGACCUGCCGGCAGAGAAGGGGUGGUGUGAACAAUGACUGUUGAGUUGCAAUGCCUCGCGUUCGGAGGUUUUCGAUCUCUGCCGGUCUCUGUUUGAACCUUUGAAUUCGAGAUCCAGGAGUGCUUGUUACCCAUGCACAGUACCUGACGUGUGAAGAGCGAAAGUCAUAAGCGUGGUGAUCAUGGUCCCAUCAUAUGUACUCUUAACUUCAGCUAUUUUAAUUUUGUUUUGUUUUUGGAAAGGAUAGUUCCACAACACUUAUGGAAAGCGUUGAUUCUUUCACUUGUCUUCCUCCUGUUUGUUCUUGUUCGAGUUUUCGAGUUGCCAUCAACAAAACGCAUGAUUUCCUAACAAACGAGAAGGAGUUUGAAGUUCACUGGAUAGCCCCAAGAAGAGGCCCCUUCCUAACCUCUGUUUCUCGCGGACCAUAAAGCCCACACGCGUUCGGUUCAUCUACCAGAGAGAUUCUGGACCUUCCCAUGGAUGCUCAGCGCCCUCAGCGACAUCCCGGCAUGCGGCUGCUGCUCCUCGCCGAGCAGACGGUCUGGCGGGACGCUAUCCUCAACAAGUCCACGCUGUACCUCGCCCCGCUCAAGACGGAGGACGGCCGCGUCUCCUUCCAGCCGGUCCUCUCCAUCACCAACGACGAGGACAACGAGGACUUCGUGACGCUCAAGCUGAAGAGGUGCGUGUCUGCCGGUGUGUCACUCGCCCACCUGAAGAUGAUCGGCGGGCCCACCAAAAAGACCAAAAAGAAAACAACCACUAAAUCACUAGAGGACGAGAGUCAUAUUCUACUAACGAAAAGGACGUUGCCGUAUGUGCUGUCUCUGUCGUGCGAGCAGUCGUUCGAGAAGGUGACGAUCCUGUUCAUGGUGUACGACCUCGGAUCGCCGCCGGGCGCCGGCCUUCACCUCAACCGCGCCCGCCUGCAGGGCAGCCACUGCGACGUGAAGCUGGUGGUGGAGGGCGUGGAGCUGGCCGCGCACCGCGCCGUGCUGGCCGUCCGCAGCCCCGUGCUGAGCAGCAUGCUCACGGGGGACUUCAAGGAGGCCCGCGAGGGCCGCGCCGAGCUGGUGGACGCCUCCAGGGUGGUUGUAGAGAAGUUUCUCGAGUUCCUCUACACGGACCAGAUUGGCGACUGGGGAGACAGCGAGCUGGAGCUGCUGCAGCUCGCCGACCAGUACAUGGUGCCGGAGCUGCGCGCCGAGUGCGCGCUGAGGCUGUGGAGCUGCGAGCCUGCCCGCGCCCUGGAGGUGCUGCACGCCGUCGGCCUGAGCGAGAUCAUCUGCGGCCCGCUGCGCCAGCGGCUCACGGCCAUCGUGGUGGACAACCACAAGGUCCUCGCCGACACCCCGCAAUGGCUCGAGUUUAAGAAGACUUUCCCCGUGCUCGUCGACACCAUGCUCGGUCACAAAGCUCAGACAUCGUACACGAUGGCCUCCGUGUGGUCACUCUAAGGGGUUCAAACGGCUUUUGUCGUCUUUGGGGUAUUGUUCAUUUUAAUCAAUAAAUUUUAUGCAUUUAUCUAACCAAUAAAUUAAUGGAAUACAA